GAGAGGGAAAUGAGCUGUCCUCAAGGCUGGUUCUGAAAGCCCAGCAAAGAUGGCUGAGAGCUGAGAUAGGAAAAGAAGACAAUUUUAGCGCUCUGACGCCUCAUUUAUCCUAAACAUCGCCGGGAGGACCUCGACGCUCACUGUCAAGCCAAGUGAAGAAAUUACCACUCGUGUUUCGUCGCGACGUCCGUCGUGCCGCGGUGUUGGUGGUGAUGGUGGUGCUUCUGCUGCUAGGCGGACGUGUCACAUCUUCCUUGCCGCUUCGAAGGCGGCGUUUAACGGCCACAGGGAAAGACGUGAGGAGGCAAUAACCUUAAAAGACCCAUCGAGAGAUGUCCUUGCUGUGUGUUGGAGUGAAAAAAGCCAAGCUUGAUGGACCACAAGAAAAAUUCAACACUUAUGUGACCCUGAAGGUGCAGAAUGUCAAGAGCACCACCAUCGCAGUGCGCGGCAGUCAGCCGUGCUGGGAGCAGGAUUUUAUGUUCGAGAUAAACCGACUGGACCUUGGCCUUACAGUUGAGGUGUGGAAUAAGGGCCUCAUCUGGGACACGAUGGUGGGCACCUUAUGGAUCCCACUAAGUAGCAUCCGGCAGUCCAAUGAGGAUGGUCCAGGUCAAUGGUUAACACUGGACUCCAAUGUGAUCAUGGCGGAGAAUGAAAUCUGCGGCACCAAAGAUCCAACCUUUCACAGGCUGCUGCUGGACACACGCUUCGAACUGCCACUAGACAUUCCAGAAGAAGAGGCACAAUAUUGGGCCAAGAAGCUUGAGCAACUGAAUGCCAUGAGAGAGCAAGAUUAUGCCUAUCAAGAGGAGCAAGAGAGGCCUCUGCAAGCGCCAUCCACGCAGUGCUGUAAUUGGAGUCUGUGGGGAGAUCAGCAAAAUGAUGACCCAGACAGCGCAGUGGACGACAGGGACAGUGACUACCGCAGCGAGACCAGUAACAGCAUGCCGCCUCCUUUUUACACUACAUCUCAACCCAACGCCUCCAUGCACCAGUAUCCCAUCAGGCAACAGCACUACAGACACUCUUACGACGAUGACAUGGAUUAUGACCACCGGGACAUGAGAACCUAUGAUAGUUUAGACUUGGCCACCAACGGGCGCAGUGAUAUCGACUCAGGCUCAGGGUCGAGCCGGCGCACCAGUCGUCAAUAUUCUCUAGACAGUAGGCAUUCGCUGUCCGAUAGUCCCACCGACAGUCGCUACGCCUCGUCGGGCGAGCUUAGCCGAGGGAGCUCCCAGCUCAGUGAGGAGUUUGUCCCAGAGGAUGGAGAGAGCUUGCGAGGAUCUGAGUUCUACGACGAAAACGACUCAUACCACUCCUGUCACUCCUCCAUUAGUUAUGGCAAGGAAGACUUCCCGGCCUGGGACGGGGAGGAUCAACAGGGCGUCUAUAGUGACGAGGGGAGCUAUGUUAAAGAUGGUGGAGAAGACAGGGCACUCUACGGUGACGAGGAAUGUGAUAUGUACGAAGAGGAAGGAGGGUAUCACUAUGAAGAUGAGGAGGAGAUGCCAUACGAGGAAGAGGAAGAUAUCUACCCAAUGGAUGGGGCACUCAGUGAGGAGCAGGAGGCGCCUUACACCCCCGCAAGUACCACUGCUACUCUCGCGCCCCCAUCUGAUAGUGUGUCCUCCAGCAGGCCUCCUCUAGAAAAACAGCCAUCGUUACAUCAACAGCAAUCUUCCAAUCAGCUGCAACCUUCAACCACCGCCCCGGUCCUCCCUCCACUCAAACAGGAUGACACCUUGCCCCCUUUCACGGAUGACGCUACCGUUGCACCUACCCAGGAAGACUUAUUUACCACCACAGAUACUACGAUCAACAGUACACCCACCGCCGCCACGGUAUCACAGAUUGAAGGUCCCGAUGCUAAUUUCCAGGAGCCUGAGCCAAAGCCUGAGUUGCCCCAAGAGGAAGUUCUACCACCGGAAGAACCUCCGGCUGAGGAAAGCAUCCCCCCACCCCCUGAGGAGAAAACAGAGGAGCCUCCUGUUUCCACUUUCCCGAAGAGGGAGCUGAUGGAACCCGGUCCAGCGAGAGCCAAAGCCAACUGGCUCCGAUUGUUUAGCAGAGUACGACUGCAGUUACAAGAGGCAAGAGGCGAGAGUGUCGGCAUCGCCUCUCUGCUAUUAUCAGCGGGGAUGGGCGGUGCUCUUUACAGCAUCGACAGCAUGCCAGACCUCAGGAAGAGGAAAGCUAUGCCUCUGGUCAGAGAUCUGUCAUUGGUCCAGAACUCUAGGAAGGCCGGCAUCACCUCAGCCUUGACAUCUAGCACCUUGCACAAUGAAGAAUUGAAGAGUCAUGUUUACAAGAAGACCCUCCAGGCUCUCAUCUAUCCCAUCUCCUGCACCACCCCGCACAAUUUCGAGGUGUGGACAGCCACCACACCCACUUACUGCUAUGAGUGCGAAGGACUGCUGUGGGGAAUCGCUCGCCAGGGUAUGCGCUGCAGUGAAUGUGGCGUCAAAUGUCACGAGAAGUGCCAGGACCUGCUCAAUGCUGACUGUCUGCAAAGAGCAGCAGAAAAAAGCUCCAAACACGGUGCAGAGGACCGGACUCAGAACAUCAUCAUGGUCCUCAAAGACCGGAUGAAGAUUCGUGAAAGAAAUAAACCAGAGAUCUUUGAACUCAUUCAAGAAGUCUUCUCUGUCCCCAAGGCUACACACGGCACCCAGAUGAAGCAAAUCAAGCAGAGUGUGCUUGACGGAACUUCCAAAUGGUCAGCAAAGAUUAGCAUCACGGUGUUGUGUGCCCAAGGUUUACAAGCAAAGGAUAAAACCGGCUCCAGUGAUCCCUAUGUUACAGUCCAGGUGGGAAAGACCAAAAAGAGGACCAAAACUAUCUAUGGCAACCUCAAUCCUGUCUGGGAGGAGACCUUCAAUUUUGAAUGCCACAACUCCUCAGAUCGCAUCAAGGUGCGAGUGUGGGACGAGGAUGAUGACAUCAAGUCCCGGGUAAAGCAGAAGUUCAAGCGGGAGUCAGACGAUUUCCUCGGGCAAACCAUCAUCGAGGUCCGUACUCUAAGCGGAGAAAUGGACGUGUGGUACAACCUCGACAAGCGCACGGACAAAUCAGCCGUAUCGGGGGCAAUCCGCAUGCACAUCAAUGUGGAGAUUAAGGGCGAAGAGACAGUCGCUCCCUAUCAUGUUCAAUACACAUGUUUGCAUGAAAACCUCUUCCACUUUGUCACAGACAUCCAGAACACAGGUGUGGUGAAGAUCCCCGAUGCCAAAGGUGACGAUGCGUGGAAAGUGUACUAUGAGGAGACACCUCAGGAGAUAGUGGAUGAGUUUGCAAUGCGCUAUGGAGUGGAGUCCAUUUACCAAGCCAUGACUCACUUUGCCUGCCUAUCGUCCAAGUACAUGUGCCCGGGCGUUCCUGCAGUGAUGAGCACCCUGCUGGCCAACAUCAAUGCCUACUAUGCGCAUACAACCCAGGCUACUAACAACGUAUCUGCCUCAGACCGCUUUGCUGCUUCCAACUUUGGGAAAGAACGAUUUGUCAAGCUUCUUGAUCAGCUUCACAACUCCCUGAGGAUCGACCUGUCCAUGUACCGAAACAACUUUCCAGCCAGCAGUCCUGAGAGGCUGCAGGACCUCAAGUCCACAGUUGACCUCCUCACUAGUAUCACUUUCUUCAGGAUGAAGGUCCAAGAGCUGCAGUCUCCUCCCAGAGCAAGCCAGGUUGUGAAAGACUGUGUGAAAGCCUGUCUCAACUCCACUUAUGAGUACAUCUUUAACAACUGCCAUGAACUCUACAGCCGCGAGUACCAGACAGAUCCGGCUAAGCAGGGUGCAGUUCCUCCAGAGGAACAGGGACCCAGCAUCAAAAACCUAGACUUCUGGUCUAAACUCAUCACCCUUAUUGUCUCAAUCAUCGAGGAAGACAAGAAUUCUUACACACCCUGCCUCAACCAAUUCCCCCAGGAACUCAAUGUGGGUAAAAUCAGCGCUGAAGUAAUGUGGAAUCUGUUUGCUCAGGACAUGAAAUAUGCAAUGGAGGAGCACGAGAAAAACCGCUUGUGCAAGAGUGCCGAUUACAUGAACCUGCACUUCAAGGUCAAGUGGCUUUACAACGAGUACUGCAAAGACUUGCCUUUCUUCAAGAGUAGAGUGCCAGAAUAUCCUGCGUGGUUUGAGCCUUUCGUGAUCCAGUGGCUGGAUGAAAACGAGGAGGUUUCUCGGGACUUCCUUCAUGGGGCUUUGGAGAGAGACAAAAAAGAUGGGUUCCAGGUCACAUCAGAGCAUGCGCUGUUCUCCUGUUCUGUCGUGGAUGUGUUUUCCCAGCUCAACCAGAGCUUUGAGAUAAUCAGGAAAUUAGAGUGUCCAGAUCCGCAAAUUGUUGGACAUUACAUGAAACGAUUUGCCAAGACCAUCAGCAAUGUACUUCUGUCAUAUGCUGACAUCAUCUCGAAGUGUUUUGCUAACUACAUCACUAUGGAGAAAGUGCCCUGCAUCCUUAUUAACAACAUCCAACAGUUGAGAGUGCAACUAGAGAAGAUGUUCGAGGCCAUGGGUGGAAAAGAUCUCUGUAUUGAGGCCAGCGACAUCCUGAAGGACUUGCAGGUUAAACUCAAUAAUGUCAUGGAUGACCUCAGCAGGGUCUUUUCAGUCAGUUUUCAGCCUCACAUUGAAGAGAAUGUGAAGCAGAUGGGAGACAUUUUAGCUCAGGUAAAAGGAACGUCAAAUGUCGGAAAUGCCAGCAGUGUGGCCCAGGAUGCUGACAACGUUCUGCAACCCAUCAUGGAGUUCUUGGACAGCAACCUGACUCUAUUUGCCAAGAUCUGUGAGAAGACUGUGCUGAAGCGUGUGCUGAAGGAGCUAUGGAAACUGGUGAUGAACACAAUGGAGAAAACGAUUGUUCUUCCGCCGCUUACAGAUCAAACAGGCACCCAGCUCAUCUUUAACGCCGCCAAGGAACUGGGACAGCUGUCCAAACUGAAGGAGCACAUGGUUCGCGAGGAAGCCAAAGCACUAACACCCAAACAGUGUGCAGUCAUAGAGCUGGCCCUUGACACCAUCAAGCAAUAUUUCCACGCUGGUGGUGUUGGUCUCAAGAAGACAUUCCUGGAGAAAAGUCCCGACCUGCUGUCUCUCCAUUACGCUCUGUCCCUCUACACACAGGCCACAGACAAACUAAUUAAGACCUUUGUCCAGUCACAAAAUGCACAAGUGUUCGGCGGCAAGGGGGUGCGGUUCACCAGUAGUGAGGAUGUUUACCCAGAGAAGGGCUCCGGGGUGGAAGACGCGGUGGGAGAGGUGUCCAUUCACGUGGAGAUCUUCACUCACCCCAACACCGGAGAACACAAGGUCACUGUGAAAGUGGUGGCCGCCAACGACCUGAGGUGGCAGACGCAGGGUAUAUUCCGUCCAUUCGUGGAGGUGUUCAUUAUCGGCCCACACCUCAGUGACAAGAAGAGGAAGUAUGCCACCAAGUCCAAGAACAAUAGCUGGGCACCCAAAUACAACGAGACCUUCACUUUCACGCUGAGUAGCGAGGUGGGCCCCGAGUGUUACGAACUGCAGGUGUGCGUCAAAGACUACUGCUUUGCCCGCGAGGAUCGCACAGUGGGAAUGGCAGUGCUGCAGCUGAAGGACGUGGCCUCCAAGGGCAGUGUGGCCUGCUGGCUGCCACUGGGCAAGCGUGUCCACAUGGACGAGACGGGCCUGACCGUCUUGCGCAUCCUGUCGCAGCGCAACAACGACGACGUGGCCAAGGAGUUCGUCAAGCUCAAGUCGGACCAGCGCUCGGCUGAAGAAGGGCGUGGAUGAACCGCCCUCAGUGCUGUAAAUACGUUCAUUCUGGUUGGGAUACAAAUGAUCAAUUGUGGCGUUUAUCGGGAUUGUCGGAAAAGUUCCAGGACUGACGUCAAAAAUUUAUACAGUGGUGCUUUGAGAUUCAAGUCGAACACAUAAAAGCCAUAGAGGCCAAAUUAUACAGUACAGAUAUGUACUCAGGAUCUACUUUUGACCAACACUAAAAGGGGUUAAUAAGGUCAGGCUUGAAAAAUCCUUAGCGACUCCAGUCCUGGAACUUUUCUGACACACCUCAUAUAUCACGCGUGCCGUCACACGUCUCGUUUGGCCGCACAGGGUUUUAUUGGUCUUAGAGAAGGUCACCGCUAAAAUGUGUUUAAGUGCAAAAAGGUGGAAAGAUAACAUUCCAAAAGUCUUAGGGAAGAAAUACACGUAUUGUUUACUCAUUUUUGCCAGAUUAUAUUUAUACAAAUAUAGUUAGGAGUCAAAUCAUUAAUGAAAAUGAUGUUAGUUGGUGGAACAGAGCACACUGCCUGACACCCUCAAUGCCUUCUGUCUCGUACACCCGUUGUCUUUGUGAUGACAUGAGUGCAUGAGUCUGUGUGUGUGUGUGUGUAUGUGUUGCCAACACAAGCCAAAAUCGCAGUGCGAUGUUGGUGUCAUGGUUUACUCCCUCUUUGUUAUGAGUGUCAACAUUCCAGAUGGAAGGUGCCAAGUUUCCCACGCACAAACACGUCUAUGUGAGGUGAUAUUUCGACAUGAAGCACAAGUCAUUAUGGAUAAGUGGACCAUCAAGUUGGACGUCUGCUAAAAAAGGGCUGUAGUGCCAUUCUAAAAUGCUGAGGUAUUACCAUGCAAAGACCAAACUAACCUCUGAGUUUGUUUUUAGAAUUACAUCGCGUUUCAGGGCCGUACAUGACCCGCGUGCCACAAGUUGUCCACCCAAUUCUGACCCGUAGAGCACAUCACGUUAGUGUGAUGGUUACCAACCACAGGGUCUUCAUUCCUGCUUCCUUUUUUAAAAGGGACUGUGUGAGAAAUGAGAGCGUCGCAGUCCGACAACAGUGGACAACGUAGAAAACGUGAAAAAGAAGCACAGCCAAGUGAACAAAAUAAGAGCAGAACAGUGGUAAGAAACAUGAAAGCAAAUGAGUCAUUCCAAAAUCGGAAGACAUUUUGGUUUCAAAAGUAUUGGAAAAUGCGCCAAAAUAAGUACCUUAUUUUCGGACUGUAAGGGCGCUUUCACACUAAACCAAGAGGACAACAGUCUGGUUGGAGAGCUAAUUCGCAGCAACACUUGCAAAUGUGUUGUUGAAAAGGUUCAGCAUUCACACUGUGCCAAGCGAACUUUCCAAGUAGCAUCACGUGGACGAAAGGCGCACUCAUUGAUUGGACAAAUAGAAGAGAAAAUGCCUCCCUCCUGGGACGGGAGGGAGCUUGGAGCGUCACAGCGUGGUGCUGUGACACUGCACGUAAUGUAGCAUAGCAUAGCCGAGCGAGGCAGUUCCCUCCCAACUCAAUGCCGAGGGAGUAUAUGAAAAAUACAUAGGGGAAAAUUAAACCACGAAAAGGAACCGCGUGGCACUCCAAGUCACACAGGAGUCCAAUCGCUCUCACUUUCGUGACUUUUUGGACUGUCAAAUUGUCACCACUUCCAGGAGAGCGAAACUCACGAAACGGCUGCCCCGAUAGGCUCCGCCUGUCUAUUUCACUGUCACUCUUACACGGUACGUUCAGCAGCACCAUGCAAAACACAACCGCCGGAGUAAAACAUGAUUCUCCGUAUCAAAUGCAACUGCUUAGCGCAGCACAACAACAUUUGGCCAUGGCUAAUCGUCAUCUUGCCAUUGUUGAUUUUGAAUAGCGUGUGCGCUGUACUUCCGCUUCCAUGGAUGCCCUGCAUGUACCGUCAUAGCAUGCACAUAAAGUAGCUAAAGCAGACCCUGCUCCGGUUGCAUUCACAAGCAAAGCAGGGUGCGCUUAAAGCUGACCGAGACCCACGAUUUUUAAGCGGACCUGAGAUCGUUUGUUUGGACCAAAUUAGAGUUGAAAUGCGCGUUCACAUUUACAAAACGAAGCGGACUAUCUGAGAAAAACAACUCUGGUCCGUUUAAAACGGACCAAACAGUGCUAGUGUGAAAGCGCCCUCAGUAGCAUUUUGGGGGGGGAAUUUAUUUGAUAAAAUCCAUUACCAAGAACAGACAUGGUAUCUUGAAAUGAAAUUUAAAAUAAAAAUACAAUAGAGAACAACAGGCUGAAUAAGUACCAUAUGCUAACGUUACAUGAUGCAUGAACAACGAACUGAGAACGUCCCCAUUAUAUUAACGUAACAUAGCUGUUGAGUUACUCAUAACUAUAGCAUAAAGAACAUGCUAAGUUUUCCAAACCAUCAGUGGCUUUCCUGAUCACUAAAUACAAUGGAUUUAUAUCAUAAUGUGUUAAAAUUUCACACAUAAAUCACUACAGAGCAGUGGUUCUUAACCUUAUGAAAGGUGCCGAAACCCACAAGUUUCACAUGUGGAUUCACCGAACCUUUCGGAAUUAAAUAAUAAAGCAAUUUUUUCAAAUUCAAAGGCGAUGUAUCAAAGCUAGCAAACUAAUAAUUUAGCAAAUUCCUGUUCAAGAUUCUUAUUUUGACCUCAUGUUUUAUAAAUAGGUCAAAAUUAGAGACCACGCUGCCCAUUGGUCUGUUGCAUUCCCUCAUAACAAGUGCGAGUCGACCUUCCACUGAGCAAACCAAUUCCUCCUCCCAUCAGAUCGAGGACUUGUAGUUAAAAGAAAUGGAUUAAACCUGUAAAUUGGGAGCAAACCAAUCCAAAACCUGGCCUAAAAAGCCACUUUACAUUUAAUCAGCGUACGAAAAUAGGGCUCUGCGAUUCUUUACCUUUGGCUAACUUAGACUUACUCACCAAACCCCUGGGGUUCGAUCAAACUCAGGUUAACCCUUUAAGGUCUGGGCCUAUUUUGUCUGAUUUUGCAUGCCUUUGAAGUUGCCUUUAUAUUUCAAAGAAAGAAUUGUUUACGAUGGCCUGGUUUGGUCCCUUUUUUUGUGACACCUUGAACUUUAUGUCCAAACUGUUGUUUCCUUCACUGACCAAUUAUAAAUCAUCAUUUUGGUCCCAAAAAGACCAAAAAUUCCAAAAUCGUUUUGUCAAAAUUUUUAAUAUUGAUGUCCAAUUGACAACCAAACAUGCGUAACGAACCGUUUUGAAACUUUGUAAUAUUUAUUCAACAUGUUAGGAUGAACAUUCAACCAAAAAAAUUUAGAAUAAAUAGUCUUAUAUUUGACAAUUCAACAUAAACAACAGGUAUAGCCAUAGGCGUUUUUUGCCUUUAUACAUGCUCUAGUCAAAACAGGUUAUAUACAGCAGACCAAACAGUGAAGAACAGUGAAAAAAUAUACCAUCUAACACAAAAAGUGUUUAGAGGCCAUCUCUUUAUGAGUUUAGGUAUUGCGGCCCAUCACCUGAUGAAAACUAUGUACACUCAAUCAAGCUUCUUGAGCACACAUUUAUAUACACAAAUUGAGAAGACUGAUUGUGGGAAGAAAAAAAUAUAUAUAUAACAUUGGGGGAAAAAAGCAUUUUCAAAAAUAUUUACAAUAAACAAGUUAAUUUUUUUUCAGACAUGCCACUCCAAAAAGCAGUUUCGUCCUGGAAUUAGACACAGGGCUACAUCCCACAGACCACACUUCCAUGGGGUGUCGGUCCUCUUUCCACCCUUCCAUUUUCAUUUCACUUUACUUUCAUUGUCACUAUAAAUGUGCAUGAAAAAAAGUCAGUAUUUAUGAAAAUAAUAAAGUAUAAAAUAAAAAUAUAGAUUUCCAUUAUUAUUUAUUGCUGUAUAUAUGUAUGACAAUAGAAAGAAUACCAUAGCUGAAUAUGUGCUACAUCCCUAAUCUUCAUAUAGAAAGAAGAACACCACAAUUAUAAAUUCCUGCCUUGGAUACACACAGUGCACGUACGACUUUGAUCUGAUAUGCACAUUUUAUUAUUAUAUACACAAACACACACUUAUAUUGCAUCAAAAUUAACUUUGUCUUGCAAUAUCAAAAGAAACUUUCAAAAGAAACUUUUUCAGCAUAAAAAAAAAAGUGAGUUUGCUUACCUCUGCUCGUCGAUGGCGUCACCCACGUGUUCAAAUCCGUCACUAUCUUCACUCGAGGACUCUUCCGAAGAAGACGAUGAUGACGAAUUUGGACCAUCCUCUUCCUCAAGUUGAUCAAAAAGCACAAUUGCUUGCGCUAAAUUUAAUUUUCCGUUCAUUCUCAAAGUCACACAAAGUCGCUGCUCGAUCCAAACGGCCAUCGCUCGCCACCUCGCUGCUUCAGAACACUCCUCCCUCUCGUUCGGUGGAACUUCGCACGGUAGUUAUAUUUAUUAAAAAAACGCAUUUUGUGCUUCCACUGUGACUUCGAAAGGGUUCGUUUGAUUUGUGUUUUUUUCAUGGAGCUUCCGUUUUGAAAAAGGACAAGAAAUGAUGGAAAUAUAGACAUAAACAAAUGAUCCAUACAGCGUUUUAAUGUUUUUUUGAGAGGGCAAUAAAACUAUAAAACUUAAAUGACAAUAUCUCACGUUUUAGUUGGUCGAUUGACUUCAAAUAAUGAGAGUAAACCGCAACUUCCGCACUUUAAAACGAGACCAACCAACGGCAUGUGGGUCACGUAAUUAAAACGUGAGGGCGCUUCAAAGACGACGUGCGCUUAGGACGCGCCGGCGCGUCCUUCGACUCUCAAGGGUUAAGAACCACUGCUCCAGAGUAUAAGUCGCACUCACAGCCAAACUGGGGGGUGAAUCAUUUUUAGUCCGAAAAAAAAUUGCAAAGGUUUCAUUAGCUCAUCUAUAGAUCGAUGCUAAAAAAAAAUUAACAGGGUUGCAAGCUGCAAGUUGUUAGCUUUUUCUCAGGGGUGGCUAAACCGCUAGCUUUUACUGCUGAGCAAAAGCCCAAGCUUACUAGAUUUCUUUCCACGGAUAAUUCAUAUUUGAAAUAUAUUCAAGCAAUCCUUUCUCGGACACUAUGGAUUACCAUAUUGGCCCGAAUAUAAGAUGGUGUUUUUUGCAUUGAAAUAAGACUGAAAAAGUGGGGGUCGUCUUAUAUUCGUGGUCUAGACGUUAUACCCAUUCAUGACGCAAGAUGGCGCCAGAUAUCAUUGAAGCAAUGUUCUGUCUUGAUAGAUCUCAGCUACUCUCAAGUUUAACUAGUUGGCAUUAUUUUAUUGCAAUGUUUUUCCUUAUUCAGAUUUGUUUCAAGACUACAGUUACAGUUAGACUUAAAUUUAAUGGUUAAUGCAGUUAUUGCAAUUUUGUUGUUUUAUCACAAUAGAUUGGUUUAUUUACAUUUCAAAAACCAGAAGCAAUUCAUUUACGAAUGUGAUUGCACUUUACAUAUUUUAAUGUUCAGAUAUUAAGAUUUGAAUGAGGCAAAAUAACAUGUUUUUUUAAUCAAAUGUAUUGUUAUAAGCAUUUGUUUCAGAUGUACUGAAAUUAUUUUCUGCAUAAAAAUUAAUUUGGUGUUCAAAAAGUCUUUUUUUUUUGUCAAACUUGAGUCUGAAAGAGGGGGUCGUCUUAUAAUCAGUCUUAUAUUCGGGCCAAUACGGGAAUUAAAAUGUAAUCCAAUUCUGAAAUGACAAACAUUCACGAGGAUUCUCGCCUACUUGUUCAAAAGGGAUACAAUCUUCACAUUGUGAAUAUUGGGGUCACAUCCAGGGUGUACGUUAUAGGGACAAGCGCUUCCCCCUGGACCUCUAUGCAUCUGAUUCGUCCAAUCAAAAGUUUCGCUUGUUUCAAGCAGUCUCAUAAUGUUUACAUAGUGAAUAUUCCUCUCGUGAUAUCAGCACAAGUAUUGGUGGCUAUAUUGUUUUUAAAAAAAAAAAAAGUCUUUUAAUGUCAAGGGCCAAUUUUUUGCUGCAGUUUUAGUAGAGACCGAAUUGCUUUUUUUGUGUGUUUUGGAGACAAGGGGUUUAAAGAGGAUUCUUGGAAAUCAACGAUUUAACAAAAUUUGAUUUGAGGUGAUGUUUGGGUGAUGUAGUGGAAAGGUCACACUGACAACAAGAAAAACAAGAGUUAAAUUCGAAAGGUACCAGAAAUGAAAGCAGACUUUACCAGAACGUGUCAAAUUUUUUCAAAAAUUUCCAGUUUGUCUUCACAUUGUAAAUGACUGAUUUUCGUCGUAAAAAUGUAUUCCUCCGUAAAUCACGACUUAAAGUGCCUGUGACGCAAAAACAUGUUUAUUUCAUAUGUGGUAUUUUAUACUCCUGAAUGAAAUGGACCGCUUGGAUGUGUGUGGAAGCUAUCGAUAUAUUUAUGACAUCAUCGGACUAAUCGGCCAUCUUCGCAUAGAGGGCUAUCCUCAGCUUGGGAAGGGGGGAGCCCCCCGCUCUCGUCUCAGAUUCUCGAAUUUGUCGAGACUUCGAUGCGCCAUUUUCGGCGUUUCAUUCCCCACUGCGUCCCCGGUGACGAGCACUGCGACUGCUGGGGCCGCAGCAGAACGACGAGCCGAAACUUGCUCACCGCCAGGGGCUGGCUGAUCGGUGAAAAUCAACCCCGUCGCCAUCUGUGACGUGAGUCGGGGUAGUUUUGUGUGAUUUUUCGUUUUCGAAAGGCGAGGAAAAGCCGCUCAGUUCAGGUUAGCAUGUCGCCUUGCUCUCACGCCUCCUCUUUUGUUUAGUCUUUCUUCAGUCUCCGAAACCGGGACAGGGAAAUGACAAAAGACAGACUAACUCCAGUGGCAUAAAAUACCGUUGAGGAGGUUUAAGAAGUCGGGCAGUUUUGACCAUUAUGCAGUAAUUUAGCCCUGUCGUACUGAAUAAAUGCAUUUUUAAUAUUUCAUAUUCCAUUUAGCACAUGGCUGUUAUUUGUUAUGACCAUAGUUUAUUUAGCAAUUGGGGAAAAAUACUUAGAUAAAAAGAAGAUCCUGUAAAAAAUACUGGAAAGAUAAAAACAUUGAUGACAUUUUGCUGCUUUUUGUCGCAUUUUCCUCGCUCUGAAUCUUCCCCAUUGGACUGAAUUGUAAAUCAGCUGAAAUCGUCACUCUGCCGACGUCAUCACACAGAUGGAGCGCUAGAGCGCUAUAAUGCCAGGCGGGGCUAAACGGCAGUUUAAAAGACUCAUUUCUCGUCAUCUGCGCUUUCCGAAAUUGUUGUAUAUAGUCCAAUUGUCUCAAAAUAUUUUAUUUCACAUAAUAUUGCUAUUUAUUAUUUAACGUGUCACAGGCACUUUAAUGUCAGAGUUGUAUGACUUGAGUCAUGAAUAUGAUAUUUUCACCAAUGAAUAACACCUAUUGAAUUUUUGUUUUUUGCCAAAAUAUAGGGAACUUGUUCAACACAUUAUUGCUAAAUUAUCCACUUUAUAGUAUCUUGGGGGCCAUAACCACAGUUUAGCUCCGUUUUUAUUAUAAUUUUGUUUUCAACAUUUAUAAUUGUUUUUACUCAUAGAAAAUGUACAGUGGGGAGAACAAGUAUUUGAUACACUGCCGAUUUUGCUGGUUUUCCCACUUGCAAGCCAUGUAGAGGUCUGUAAUUUGUAUCAUAAGUUCUCUUCAACUGGAAGGGACGGAAUCUAAUACAAAAAUCCAGAAAAUCACAUUGUAUAAUUUUUAAAUAAUACAUUUGUAUUUAACUGCAUGAAAUAAGUAUUUGAUACAUUACCAACUAGUAAAUAUUUCGGCUCUUAGUUCUUUUUAAGAACCCCUCCUUUUCUCCACUCAUUACCGGAAAUAACUGCACCUGUUUGAACUUGUUACCUGUAUAAAAGACACCUGUUCACAUGCUCAAACAAACAAACUCCAACCUCUCCACAAUGGCCAAGACCAAAGAGCUGUGUAUGGACAUCAGGGAUAAAAUAAUAGACCUGCACAAGGCUGGAAUGGGCUACAGGAAAAUAAGCAAGCAGCUUGGUGAGAAGGUAACAACUGUUGGAGCGAUUAUUAGAAAAUGGAAGAAGUUCAAGUUGACGGUCAAUCUGCCUUGUUCUGGGGCUCCAUGCAAGAUCUCACCUUGUGGGGCAUCACUGAUCAUGAGGAAGGUGAGGGAUGGGCCCAGAACUACACGGCAGGACCUGGUCAAUGACCUGAUGAGAGCUGGAACCACAGUCUCGAAGAAAACCAUCGAAAACACAUUACGCCGUCAUGGAUUAAAAUCCUACAGCGCACCCAAGGUCCUGCUGCUGAAGCCAGUGCAUGUCCAGACACGUCUGAAGUUUGCCACUGACCAUCUGGAUGAUCCAGAGGAGCAGUGGGAGAAGGUCAUGUGGUCGGAUGAGACCAAAAUUGAACGUUUUAGUCUAAACUCGGCUCAUCGUGUUUGGAGGAAAAAGAAGGAUGAGUACAACCCCAAGAACACCAUCCCAACCGUGAAACAUGGAGGAGGAAACAUUUUUUGGGGGCUGCUUCUCUGCCAAGGGUACAGGAUGACUGCACCAUAUUGAGGGGAGGAUGGAUGGGGAUAUGUAUCACCAGAUCUUGGCUGACAACCUCCUUCCUUCAGUGAGAGCCCUGAAGAUGGGUCGUGGCUGGGUCUUCCAGCAUGACAACGACCCAAAGCACACAGCCAAGGCAACUAAAGAGUGGCUCCGUAAGAAGCAUCUUAAGGUCCUGGAGUGGCCUAGCCAGUCACCAGAUCUGAAUCAGAUAGAAAAUCUAUGGAGGGAGCUGAAAGUCCGUGUUGCCCGGCAGCAGCCCCGAAACCUGAAGGCUCUGGAGAAGAUCUGCAUGGAGGAGUGGGCUAAAAUCCCUGCUGCAGUGUGUGCAAACCUUGUCAAGGACUACAGGAAACGUUUGGUAUCUGUAAUAGCAAACAAAGGUUUCAGUACCAAAUAUUAAGUUUGAUUUUUGUGAUGUAUCAAAUACUUAUUUCAUGCAAUUAAAUGAAAUUAUUUAAAAAUCAUACAACGUGAUUGUUUUUUUUGUAUUAGAUUCCGUCCCUCACAGUUGAAGAGAACUUAUUUUGAUACAAAUUACAGACCUCUACAUGCUUUGCAAGUGGGAAAACCAGCAAAAUCGGCAGUGUAUCAAAUACUUGUUCUCCCCACUGUAUAAAUCUAUAUAUUUGGUAUAUAAAAAUAUAGUUAUGUGAACACAAGGUCUUAAGUUUUUACCAAAAAUAUCUAUUUGCCCUAUAAGGGAUUAAAUCAGUUUCAGUAAAAUACCAAUAAGAAAAUUGUGAAUCUGCAAAUAUGCGUCCACCAUACAUGAACUUUUUAAUACAACUUGCGUCCACACCACAAAACUGCAUUCUUGUAAUAUUUCAACUUUAUUCCCAAUGAAUCUGUGUUACACUUUUUAACAUCACAAUUCAGUUUACAUAAUAUCUUGGGAAAUACAGUUAACAACUUUUAAUAUUCCAGCUUUAUUCGGAUAGUGCCCCAAUUUUCUUCUUUUCAGUGUGGCUCAGGGAAGCUUUUCGCGUGGAUGUUACUGUCCGUCCGUCCGUCCGUCUGUGUGUGUCUGAGUGUGCGCAUCUGCUUGGAUGAGUCAAAUGAGCUGAAUGAAUUAGCGUCUGUGUGGCACGUGCACCUCGUUUCCUCCUUGGAGAACAUGUGGGUGACAUGCAAUGUUGUCGCUAAUGUCACCAAAUUUCUCGCCGUCCACAGCGACGUUUUUCAGAGGCAUGCAGAAAUUUGGGGAUGGAAGCACAAGCAAAAAAAAAAUUAUUAAAAAAAAAAAAAAAAAAAAUCAUGUAAAAAGCACACAACUAAGGGGACAGACGUGCAUGUUCUGCCCUACAUGCACGGUCCUGUAUGUCCACCAAUGGUGCAUGAUAGGAACGUUGUAACAAAAAAACAACAACAAAAAUCAAUUUUUCUCAAAAUGUAUUGUGCCAGCACGCGUAAUAUUUUGAUGUCGUCUCCUUUAUUUUGAUAUCUUUUUUUCUAUUUUUCCAAAAUGUUUGUGAAUAUAUAAAUACGUAUCACGGAUGAUUAUGAUGUGAAGUGUUGCAAAGUAGUUGCAUGGGACAUUUUUUAUACACGAGAUGUUUAUAAUGUGUUUUUUUUUUUUUUUUUUUUUUACAUUUAUGUUUUUGGGAGUUACUGGGACGAUAUGACUCGUUGUGUUCUGCUUCCAAUAAAAAAAAUAUGGCAUAUUUAAAUUGCGUGUUGUCCAGAAAAAGUUCACACUCUGCGAAGGAAGGAUAUCUUGAGGGAGUCCGGGAUGGUCAGCUGAUCCGCGCGGACGGAUGGCGGUUUCUCGUUGGGAAACGUGACGGGAAACACGCGCUUGACGUCCAAGAAGAGCUGGCGAGGUUGAGCGUCCACCCGUUCUUUGAGGAGACCCUGAAAAAGUCAAGAUGGAAGAUGUAACAAAAC